AUGCAGACUUUGUCAAAUGUGAAGACACGAGCGGCUCCAGCAAGAACAGAACUAUACGUCAGCGACACAAGUCCACAACAAACAACUCCUGGGAAUGUCUACAACAGGCCCGAAUUGGACUUCGACACGACGGAAGAGAGAGACGCUCCCUCGUCUCUUUACGAUUGCAUCGUUGUGGGUACUCUCAACAUGAAGGAAGCUGCGCAACUCAUACUGGACCAAAAACGAAAUGGACAGUUCAACAAAUCGAUUUACGAUGAGUUCGUAAGAUCGGAGGCCGCUUCCCGUGUGCAAAACUUCUGCUUCGAUGGACUGCUGGACCUCGACGACGCCGUUCUGGAGAUGCGCUUAUGUAACCUCGCCAAUUCCCUGCUGGGUCAAAUCCAGUGCGCCAAGCUCGACCGCAGCAACCGGAUGAUCGAACUGACCGGGCGCGAGCUCAGUGGUGUCGGAAGUAAGCCCACAAUUUCGCUAAGAAAUUGUGUUCGGAUCUGGAACAUCGAAGGACCUCCCCCAUUCAUUACGACGCCAAUGGAGGAGCUGAUCGAAAACUACAAACCAAAGGGGAGCAACAAUCUUUUCCAGAUGUUUGCGUGUUUUUACCGGUUUCUGGUAAUGAGAAUAACUGACCCACCGCAUCGCAUCCAAAGCUACUCUCUGCGCCUGAAUGGCAAGCGAGGACGCAAGGACUCUUUGGAAAAUUUACCACGCCACAUCGAACACCUAUUACUGGAUUUCGUCGAAGAUCUUAUUGGAUUCGGCCACAACGAGCUGAAAAGUGGGGCACGAGCCAAUACCACCCAUUCAAAAUAUGUGCUAAGCCUCGGCAAUACGGAUGCAGAACGACAAGCAGCUCUGGAUGCGAAGGUGCAGACCAGGAUGGUGUACAGGAACGAACUGUUCAAAGCCCUUCAGCUAGCUCUUCGAGACGUGCGCACGUAUACCUAUGAUAAAAGCAAAAAGGUGUGGAUUGCGGGCGACAGGAAGUUGAAGCGGGCCAAGCUGGACGCCUCAAUAAACUUGAGGGAGGCGCUGGAGGACUCUAUGAAUUUGACUGAAGCCUAUGAUCAAGAAAACCUGGUACCAGCGUCACAGUAA